AUGGCUGACCAUGUCUUGAAUCCUCAGCCUUCACGCGGGCCGCUGCAAGAGUCCAGGAACCAUAGUAACAUUCAGCCCUCUCGGCAGUCUCUCUCCGAAAAACUAAAUGGGCCUCUUGGCACUCACGCCGAUUCUUCUUUCAAAGUGGGCCAGGAAAACAUAAUCCCGUUGACAUACGUCUCAUCCACCAACUUUCUUGUUCGGAAACCCAGUGCAGGGCACGCAACAAUUGUUGGCGAUAAGGGUUCCCAACGAAACAGGAUUGCGCUGCAACAGAAGCCCUUCCCUGGUCCAAACCCACCCAACCUCAAGGACCGCCAUGUCUUGACUCAAUCUUCGUCCAACCCAUUGCUUAAGGUCAGACAGCUUACCACUGCCCCCAGCGCGAACUCGACAUCAUUCAAGGACCUCAAGCCCGAACAACCGACUCAAUCUCAGGCUGCUCGAGGAGACUCUGUCACCAAAGCAGGACCUCGCACCCAAUUGUUAUCCCUUCCCAAGGCAGCGUCACGUUCUCAGACGCAACCCCACCCUCAGGCUGUACCGCGUCCUCCCCAAUCGCAGGGUCCUAUCUCAACGCAACCUCAUCCUAAUUCUCAGUUGCAAUCACAGCCCCAGGUACCAACGCAACCGACUCAGCCCACACAUUAUCCGCACGGCACUGUCGAAUGGAUCCAGAGUCUAGUUAAAGUAUUACCGACCUUCAAGUUUUACUUUCACAAUGUCGACCCUCUUCAAGUCAAGAAAUUUGCAAAAACUCUUGCAGUAUACAACGCCACCGUAACGAAAUUCUUUUCGAACGACGUGACCCAUAUUGUUACUACCAGUCCUAUACCUAACAAGGAUACCAUUGCGCAAAAUAAGCAUAUCAAUCUAAAAAGCCAUGCCCAGCCUCAACCCCCAAGCACCGCCCCGGGGAAGUUACCUCUCAAGCCGUCAACAAUCACGCCCUCCCCGAGUGCCGAAAACAGCAUUCUUGUGAAGGCGCUCAGCUUCGGUAUAAAGAUAUGGAGCCUGAAUCGGAUGAUCCAUAUUAUGGGGCCUCUGUUGAUCGAGCCGUUGACGCAGAACGAGAACCGAAAUCUACAGGAUUAUCUUCAACACGAGAAGGUCUAUGGGUUGACUACAACUCAGAACGACGAUGCGUAUAGACCGGAGUACCUUGUCCUCAGGAGAAAUUACGUGCUGGUGGAGGAUGUCACAGGACAUUUCCAAACGAUCUUGGCGUAUGACUAUCCCAAAGAUGCCGAAAAACCCUAUCCGUGGCCAAGGAUCUAUGUUCAAUCUACCCACAAAACACCCUUCGUAUGUAUCGACAAUCGAUCAAAGGACGCGAAGGAUACAAAAGAGGUUAAAGAGAGCAAGGACGCCAAGGAUGCAGCCAAAGAUGCAGCCAAGGAUACAUCCAAAACCAACGACAAUCACAAUCACAAUGAUUAUAUCGCCGACAAUAAGGAGAAAGGUAGCGAAAAUGGAGAAGGAUUUCCUCGAAACACGACUUCGAGGCCCAUUUUACAGAGAUCGCCAUCGGCAUCCGUUCUCGCUUCAGGUCUCGUCAAUUCGAUUACCUCCAACAUCGUUUCGACAAGUUCAGCAGUCAACAAGACGCCGGCUAUGCAUGGCAUUCGGAAUAUACAGGAUCCUAUUCUAGAGCAGCUUGGGAAGCGAGCCCUCAACGCCAUCAAAGGGGAGGCAGGCAUAGUGCCAGAUAUCAAGAAAACAGAGUUCGUGCGUCCAGCGAAUGUACUUAAGCUGAGCAAACACAGCAUACAAUCAAAUUCAGUCUUCAGCAAACGAGAGCCCUUAGGCACCAUAGACGUCAAUGUAGCCGUCGCAAGACCAGGGCGGCCUGCUAUCGCACCAUUAGUGGCUGUCACUUCAGUUGAGGCACCGUCUCGCCAAAGCGUCCCAACCCAGGCAACCAGGGAAUUACAUGGACCGGUAAAUGAACACUCAUUGAAAGCCAAUACAGUCAAGGAGCCCUCAGUUACUGCUACCGUCGUAAAGGAUUAUCGCAAGAAGGGCUACUGCGAGAAUUGCCGAAUGAAUUUUGGCGAUUUUGAUAAGCAUAUUGCCUCAGCUGAGCAUCGACACCAAGCGCAAGAAAGAAAUAAGUUCGAACAACUGGAUCAGCUUUUACACCUUCUCCAGCGGAAACCAAAAAAGCCAGUAUCACAAUGUAGCGUCCAUGACACAACACAGGAAGAACGGCCUUCAAACUCGCUGUUGGAAAACGUGGAGAGGGCAGGCAAAGCAACCGGAAUCGACGGUGAUGGCAACAUUAUUGCGAAAGCAUCGAGAGAUCGCGAGACAAAUGCUCUAAAGAAGGCCAGCGAUCAACAAGAGCCCCGGCAAUCAGGCAAUCACGCCUCAGGAAGAGGCACUAGACACCCAUCUGAUAGAGUGGUUGCUGACUUGCAGUGUCAGGAGAUAGCCAGAGUCGCAGUGAAAGACAAGGCUAAGGUCAUCGAUGCUGGCGAAGGAGGCGAUAGGACUUCAAUCGAGACCUGUGUGAGGCAAGUAAAGGCUGAGACGAAGAUCCAGUAUGAGCACAAAGGAGAGGAUGAUCAGCUAUCCUCGGAGAUGUUAAGGCUAGGUGUAUCGGAGACAGGCGAAGAAGAGUGUUCGACACAUGCGGCGGACACUGCUAUCUUGACACCAGAGACUAUAUCAAAUACGAAUCCCAAGAGCGUGGAUGACACAUUUGUGCAAACGGAUACAGAUCACAACAAUGGAUUCUGGGCGCCGUUUUCUGACAGAGUAUACGUUUCAGAGCCUAAUCCAACGAGUCAAGUGGCGACCGAUAUUACACAGCCGGACGACCGGUUUCUGGAGGAUUCAGCUAUUGGUUCACAGGUGUCAGAGGCCACAACCCCUAUCUGUCUGCAUCUACCCUCGACUAGCGUGUUUACAGACGGGGCUGAACCAGCAGCGACUCCUACGAAGGAGGACUGUGCAUCAGAAGGAUCGAGCGAAGGGGACAAAGAUGGCUUGGAGGAUGCUGUAAAGCUGCUGAAAUCGCCGAGUGCCGGUAGAGGCGCUUUCGCUAGAGCCCAAGGCGCCGAUCUGAGACGAGGGUUUGCAUUUUCAGGCAUCGAGACUGUAUCGGCGCUCGGCAAGGGUUCUUUAAAGCGCAAACUGGAGGACAUCCUGGCGGAGGAACAGGCAGCAGGAAGGAAAGAAGCCACAAAGGGGGCUGCCAUCGACCUACCGAGCUCAACGGCGUCUGUGAUGUAUGAUGAAAUGCUGCAGUCGAGGCUUUUGUUGCAGCCCGCUCCUCGCCAGUACCAGCACCCCACCCCACUACGUCUCGCAUCGCUAAACCAUGCUUCCCAAUUUCGACAUCCUCCGACAUCGCCAUUGCCAUCAUCACGCUUCUCCUCACCAACCAAAUUCGAACUGCAUCAGGGACGCGACCAUACACUACUACCGUCUCAGCCAGAUCGGCAUGCUGUUGACAGAUCUCAUUCUUGCAAUGGCACUGAUUCUGGCAGUCCUGUCCAGAUACACCCAUACUAUGAAAUGAACGGCAGCCCUCGAGGCGUACAUCGUAGCGAUGGACUACCGAGUACAUUGCCCGCGUCGGGCUACAGUGACAACUAUAGCAGCCAGCAGCUUCAUUAUGCCAAUCGUCGAGAGGAUAGCGUCCGUGUAUCAACCCCACUUCGUCAGGCGACUUCGAGUUUCCAAUACCAGUAUGAUGUUCGAAACAGCAGAUUUGGAUCGCCAUUUGCAUUAAUGGAAUAUCCCGACUCCUCGUCACCCAUAUCUUCGAUGAUGCCUUCUGGAUUACAGCCGCCUUUGGACCCGAACUACUAUGGCUCUGGGCCGUCAUCUCCAUCGCGCUCUCCCGGCCAGCGAAUAGUGUACCGCAACCAGUUCUCCGUUAUGUCGCAUGCAGAACAGGAGCGCGAGCGCUGCUAUCAGCACUACCAUGGAAACCAACUGCCGGAACCAGCUGGACAAAAGAAGUUGAGGGGCGGGUCUAGUCUUCCGGAUGAGUUUGAUGAAUACGGAGAGGGCUGCAUGGUUUUCUUUGAAUAG